AUGAAAGGCGCACUUCAGCCGGGCAAGGAUUUCACCAACCGUUUGCCCGACGACGUGCUCUCCGCAAUUCUCGACCGCGCCUCUUCGAGUAACGCGAUGUACCACGCGCUCGUGUGCCGACGGUGGCCGCGCCUGGCGCAGCACUUGCAGCAGGCCGUCCACGUCAGCGCCAAGUCCAUCCUCGACGCGGGCGAGCUGCUGCGCGGCUUGUCGAGACUCCCCAACGUGACAUCCCUCACGCUAGACAACGAGAGCGUCGACUUCCUCGACGACGAGUUCCUGACGGCGCUGCCCUCCGCCUGCCCGCAGCUCUCCCGCCUGCGCCUGGACGAGCCGCAGAAGUACACCGACGUGCCACACCGCCGCAUUUCGCUCAAGGGCCUUCGCCGCUUCCUCCUCGGAAUUCCGCGCCUCGAGGAGCUCACCCUCAACAGCAGCCUCCUAUACAUGAACACCUUCCCUUCCUCGCUCGCAUCGCUCUCGUCCCUUCGCGUGCUCAAGAUUCACGAAGGCCUCCGUAAUCUUCUCGACGAGUUCGGCGCGCUCGGCGCGCUGGAGGAGCUCCGCAUCAGCUGCUCCGUGCUGCGGAGCCUCCCCGCGUCCGUCACGCAGCUCACGCGGCUGUCCCGCCUCUGCGUGACAGAAACCUACUGGAUGGAGCAGUUUCCCGCGCAGCUCGGCGCGCUGAGCGGGCUGACGGCGCUGGAAUUACACGGGUCUGACCGCUUGGCGGCCAUUCCGGAAAGCAUCGGCGCGCUCAAGGAGCUGCGUGUCAGAAUGAACGGACAGGAAUGA